GCGUCCGGGGCCUUGUGGGACGCGCCCUGACCCGCGGCUCGGCCCCCGCUGAGUCGCCCUCGGCCCUCGGACGCCGAGCGUGGAUCGAGCCCGGGCGGCCGUGCGAGGCGACAGCUGGAGAGGCAGCCAUGGGGACGGUGCACGCCCGGAGUUUGGAGCCCCUCCCGUCCAGCGGGCCUGAUUUUGGAGCACUGGGAGAAGAAGCCGAGUUCGUUGAGGUCGAGCCUGAAGCCAAACAGGAAAUCCUUGAGAACAAAGACGUGGUGGUGCAACACGUUCAUUUUGAUGGACUUGGGAGGACGAAGGAUGACAUCAUCAUUUGUGAAAUUGGAGAUGUUUUUAAGGCUAAAAACCUUAUUGAAGUGAUGCGGAAAUCGCACGAAGCCCGCGAGAAACUUCUUCGCCUGGGGAUUUUUCGGCAGGUGGAUGUUUUGAUUGACACAUGUCAAGGCGAUGACGCCCUUCCCAACGGCUUGGACGUCACCUUCGAGGUGACCGAGUUAAGGAGGCUGACGGGCAGCUACAACACCAUGGUGGGGAACAACGAAGGCAGCAUGGUUCUUGGCCUUAAGCUCCCGAAUCUCCUAGGGCGUGCGGAAAAGGUGACUUUCCAGUUUUCCUACGGAACAAAGGAAACUUCGUACGGCCUGUCCUUCUUCAAACCGCAGCCUGGAAACUUCGACAGGAACUUCUCUGUAAACUUGUAUAAAGUUACCGGGCAGUUCCCUUGGAGCUCGCUGCGGGAGACGGACAGAGGAGUCUCCGCCGAGUAUAGCUUCCCCGUGUGGAAGACCAGCCACACCGUCAAGUGGGAGGGCGUGUGGCGAGAGCUGGGCUGCCUCUCCAGGACGGCGUCGUUCGCGGUGCGGAAGGAGAGUGGACACUCGCUGAAGUCGUCCCUGUCGCACGCCAUGGUCAUCGACUCCCGGAGCUCAUCCAUCUUACCAAGACGCGGCGCCCUGCUCAGAGUGAACCAGGAGCUGGCCGGCUACACGGGAGGGGACGUGAGCUUCUUGAAGGAGGACUUUGAGCUGCAGCUGAAUAGACAGCUCGUGUUCGACUCGGUCGUCUCGGCGUCUCUGUGGGGGGGCGUGCUGGUGCCCAUCGGGGAUAAACCGUCCAGCAUCGCUGACAGGUUUUACCUCGGGGGACCGACGAGCGUCCGUGGGUUCAGCAUGCACAGCAUCGGACCACAGAGCGAAGGCGACUACCUGGGGGGCGAGGCGUACUGGGCCGGCGGCCUGCACCUGUACACGCCGCUGCCCUUCCGGCCCGGCCAGGGCGGCUUCGGGGAACUCUUCAGAACCCACUUUUUCCUCAACGCGGGGAACCUUUGCAACCUCAACUACGGGGAGGGGCCCAGAGCCCACAUCCAGAAGCUGGCCGAGUGCAUCCGCUGGUCCUACGGUGCGGGGAUCGUGCUGCGGCUCGGCAACAUCGCGCGGCUGGAGCUGAACUACUGCAUCCCCAUGGGCGUGCAGAGAGGGGACAGGAUCUGCGAUGGCGUCCAGUUUGGAGCCGGAAUAAGGUUCCUGUAGCCGGCGCCCCUGCGGGAGCAGCCCCGGGCCCAGACCUUCUCGGAGUAACUGCGGGGCGGCCCUCGGACCGCAGCCCAGUGGCAACCAUGUCAAUAAAUUCACAGAAACGCUCA